GCUGUCAUUUCUUUUUUACACAUGACAAACUGACAAAUGACAAACAAUAAACAACAGUUUUGAUUUUCUUUAGUACAGAGGUACUUUCGCUUCUCUCCCCAUUCAUUUUCCAGAUUUCAAAUAUUUCAGCACCCUGAAAUCAUAUUCUUUAAAAAUGUACUUAUUAACGUGACGAUUAAUAAGGCAUUGAUUUAUCAUGUCUUGCAAUUACGCCGACGGACUUUCCCCUUAUGAAAAUAAGGGUGUUCUUGGCGUCCCAGAAACGUUUCAUUCCCGAGAGGAAGUUAAAGAUAAAUGUUUAUUAUUAACUGAAUGGUUACAGAAGGCUAAGCAUGUUGUUGUUCAUACAGGCGCUGGUAUUAGUACUGCAGCUGGAAUUCCAGACUUUAGAGGUCCAAAGGGUGUAUGGACAUUGGAGAAAGAAGGCAAAAAACCCGAAAUAAAUAUAUCAUUCAAUGAGGCUAUUCCGACAAGGACUCAUAUGGCAUUAAAAUAUUUAGUAGAAAAAGAUUAUGUGCAUUAUAUUGUAAGCCAAAAUAUUGAUGGACUUCAUUUACGAACAGGUGUUCCUAGGACAAAUUUAGCUGAAUUGCAUGGCAAUAUGUUUAUUGGACAGUGUGAUACUUGUGAGAGUCAGUUUGUAAGACCCACUGCAACAAGCACUGUAGGGCAAAAGGAUUUAGGUGAAUUUUGUAAAAGAGCUGUUAGAGGACGUACAUGUAGGGGAAAGUUACGAGACACUAUUUUAGAUUGGGAAGCAGAUUUACCAGCUCGAGAUCUGGCAAUGUCUGAUUAUCAAUCAAGUAUUGCUGAUGUUAAUAUAUGCCUUGGUACUACAUUACAAAUUGUUCCUAGUGGUAAUUUGCCAUUAAAGUGUAAAAAAUAUGGAGGAAAAAUGGUUAUAGUUAAUUUACAACCAACAAAACAUGAUAAAAAGGCUGAUUUAAUAAUAAAUACAUAUGUGGACGAUGUAUUGGAGGAAGUAAUGAAAAAUCUUAGCUUAAAAAUACCAGAAUAUUCUGCAGUAGAAGAUCCAACAAAAAAUCAAACACCUAACUGUAUAGUAGAGUGGAAUAUUGCUAAAUCACAAGUCCAGUUAUAUAGAAAAAAGUAUGAUGAAAUUCAUAAGGAGUAUAAAAUUAAAAAGAGGGAUGAAAAUGAAAUGAAAAAGAAUGAAGCAUUUGGAGGGAAGAAAAAGAAGAUUAAGACUCGGGAAAAUGGACUGAUAACUCUUAAAAAGAAAGCUAAGAUGGUGAAGGGAAGAGGCGCCAGACAAAAUGGACAAGCUGUAAUUACAAAUAUUGAAAAAGAAUCUUUAAACAUAGAUUUAACAAUUGAAAGUGAUGAUGACAUUUUCUUAGAAUAAGUUUUUUUCAUAAUAUUGCUAAUGAUUUUUGUCUUUAGUUUGUAAAUCUCGGUAAUUUUACUUUUUUAUAUGUGUCCACGUACCAAUGAUAUUGUAAUGUAUUAUUCCUUUUUAUUUUUUGUCUUUCUUUUACAUAUAUUUUUUACUCAAUUGAGUGAAUAAACGUUUUAUAAGAUUAUUUAAAGA